GAGAGAAGGGAAAGAAAACACUAGGAAAGCUCGGCAAAAGAGAAUAUGCCUACUUUCAGAUGCUAUCGUUUUUUCCCUUUCUAAAUCUACAAAUAUAUUCUUUCAAGCCUUGCGUAUCCCCUUUCUUUUUCCACUGCUUCCACAUGCAAACUUUCUAUUUCCGUAUCCAGGUGAAGUUAAGCUCUUAGGGGGCGAUUUUUAAGACAAUUCAAGCAAAAUUGGAGAAGCUAGCAGAAGAGUUAUUAUUUUUUGAGCAAUGGGUUCUGAUAAGCACUCGGCUGGAUUAUUACCUACCCUCAGAAUGGAGAGGGUUCGGACGAUUUUAACUCAUAAAUACCCUUACCCUCAUGAACAUUCCCGUCAUGCCAUAAUUGCAGUAGCUGUGGGUUGUCUGUUCUUUAUCUCAUCAGAUAACAUGCAUACUUUGAUAGAAAAGUUGGAUAAGAAUAUCAAAUGGUGGUCUAUGUAUGCCUGUUUGCUUGGGUUCUUUUAUUUCUUUUCAUCUCCAUUUAUAGGGAAGACAAUUAAACCAAGUUAUUCAAAUUUCAGUAGAUGGUACAUAGCGUGGAUUUUAGUUGCAGCUUUGUAUCAUCUUCCUAGUUUUCAGUCAAUGGGAGUGGAUUUGAGGAUGAAUUUGUCUUUGUUUUUGUCAAUAUAUAUCUCUUCGAUUCUCUUUCUCCUUGUUUUCCACAUUAUAUUCAUUGGCCUAUGGUAUCUUGGUCUUGUUUCCCGUGUGGCCGGAAGGCGACCAGCAAUGUUGACCAUUCUCCAGAAUUGUGCUGUUAUUAGUAUAGCUUGCUGUGUAUUCUAUAGUCAUUGUGGCAACCGUGCUAUGUUAAGGGAGAGACCUUUUGAACGGAAAACUUCUAAUUGGUUUUCCUUUUGGAAGAAAGAAGAGAGAAACACAUGGUUAGCAAAAUUUGUUCGUAUGAAUGAGUUGAAAAACCAGGUGUGCUCAUCUUGGUUUGCUCCAGUUGGCUCUGCGAGCGAUUAUCCACUUUUAUCCAAGUGGGUCAUUUAUGGUGAGUUAGCUUGCAAUGGUUCAUGUCCAGGUUCUUCAGAUGAAAUUUCUCCCAUAUUUUCACUGUGGGCUACAUUUAUUGGCCUUUACAUGGCCAAUUAUGUAGUGGAAAGGUCAACAGGGUGGGCCCUUACCCAUCCUUUGUCUGUUGAGGAAUAUGAGAACCGGAAAAAGAAUCAAAUGAAACCUGAUUUCUUGGAUAUGGUUCCUUGGUAUUCAGGAACAUCAGCUGACUUGUUUAAGACUGCUUUUGACCUUCUAGUAUCAGUGACUCUGUUUGUUGGCCGGUUUGACAUGCGAAUGAUGCAGGCUGCAAUGAGCAAGGUUCAUGAAGGAACUCAGCAAGAUGAUCUUUUUUAUGAUCAUUUGAGCGAAAAGGAAGAUUUAUGGUUUGAUUUCAUGGCUGAUACUGGUGAUGGUGGAAACUCAUCGUAUACUGUAGCACGGCUGCUUGCUCAACCGUCCAUUCAGCUAUCUAGUGAGGAUUCUGUGCUUACGCUGCCUCGUGGAGGCCUCCUACUUAUUGGAGGAGAUCUUGCGUAUCCUAAUCCAUCAGGAUUCACAUAUGAAAAGCGUCUCUUUUCUCCUUUCGAGUAUGCUCUUCAGCCUCCGGCUUGGUACAAACAUGAACAUAUUGCUGUAAACAAGCCUGAGUUACCGGAAGGGGUAUCUGAACUCAAGGAAUAUGAUGGACCUCAGUGUUUUCUUAUUCCUGGAAACCAUGAUUGGUUUGAUGGACUUAAUACAUUUAUGAGGUAUAUAUGCCACAAGAGCUGGUUGGGUGGGUGGUUUAUGCCCCAAAAGAAGAGUUAUUUUGCUUUGCAGCUGCCGAAACGAUGGUGGGUAUUUGGUCUUGACUUAUCACUACAUAAUGACAUUGAUGUGUACCAGUUCAAGUUCUUUUCAGAAUUAGUAGAGAACAAGGUUGGAGAAAAUGACACUGUGAUUAUUAUGACGCAUGAACCACAGUGGCUUCUUGAUUGGUACUGGGAUGAUAUUUCCGGACAGAAUGUCUCUCACCUUAUAUGUGAUUACCUAAAAGAAAGGUGUAAACUACGAAUUGCUGGAGACAUGCAUCACUAUAUGCGCCAUUCAUGUGUUCCAUCAGAAGGUCCAGUUAAUGUGCAACAUCUUCUUGUAAAUGGGUGUGGAGGAGCAUUUUUACACCCCACUCAUGUGUUUAGUAAUUUUAAUCAAUUCUAUGGGAGAACAUAUGAGUGUAAAGCUGCUUACCCUUCUUUUGAUGACUCAAGCAGGAUUGCAUUAGGAAAUAUCUUGAAGUUUCGGAAGAAGAACUGGCAGUUUGAUUUCAUUGGUGGCGUUAUAUACUUUAUAUUGGUUUUCUCUACGUUUCCACAGUGUAAGCUUGAUCACAUAUUGCAACGUGAUUCAUUUUCGGGUCAUCUAGGGAGUUUCUUUGGCACAGUAUGGAAUAAUUUUGUGUACGUGCUGGAACAUUCUUUUGUAUCAUUAACUGGUGUGGUGCUAUUGCUGAUCAUGGCAAUUGCAUUUGUUCCUUCCAAAUUAUCACGGAAGAGACGUGCAAUGAUUGGAGUAGUUCAUGUAUUAGCACAUCUAGCAGCGGCCCUUAUUCUUAUGCUGCUCAUGGAACUAGGUCUGGAGACUUGUGUUCGGCAUAAACUAUUAGCAACUUCAGGUUAUCACACUUUGUAUCAGUGGUAUCGAACAGUGGAAAGUGAGCAUUUUCCAGAUCCCAGUGGACUUCGAGCGCGUAUGGAGCAAUGGACAUUUGGCCUCUAUCCAGCAUGUAUCAAGUAUCUCAUGUCUGCAUUUGAUGUUCCCGAGGUUAUGGCUGUCACCCGGAGCAAUAUUUGCAAGAAUGGAAUACAGUCGCUUUCCCGAGGAGGUGCGGUCAUAUAUUAUGCGUCAGUCUUCCUCUACUUCUGGGUUUUGUCAACCCCGGUGGUUUCUUUGGUGUUCGGGAGCUACUUAUAUUUCUCCAUUAACUGGUUUCAUCUGCACUUUGACGAGGCCUUCUCCUCUCUUAGAAUUGCUAAUUACAAGUCAUUCACACGGUUCCACAUCAAUAGUGACGGUGAUCUUGAAGUUUUCACUCUUGCGGUAGAUAAGGUUCCCAGGGAAUGGAAGAUAGACCCUGAUUGGGACGGGGAGGCCAAACAGCCACAACAGUUGAGCCAUGGAAGAAAACACCCUAGCAAGUGGAGUGCAGCAGCGGGUCAACAGGAUCCAGUGAAUACUGUCAGGGUGAUUGACCAGUUUGUUAUUAGACCAAAUGGGAAACCUGAUUUUGUGUCAAGUAAUGGGUCAGUUAGUCGCUGAUUCCUUUUGUAACAUCAUUAAUUGUAAUUGUUAAAAUUAGGCAGUAGUGAAGAUAAAAAGAUAUAAUGUCAAAUGUCAUAGUUGUUUAGAU